AUGCUUAGUAGAGUGAUUUUCCUUCUGGUUCUCUCAGUUGAGUCGUCCGCACUGCUGAAAGGGAUGAAACCUCUGACCAUUAGUGGGGAACAACCUGUUUGGAGGGGGUUUAUAUCCACAGCAAAACAGGCUGAACUGCAAAACUACAACAAUAAGCUACGGAAGAACUGCAAAACAUAUUUGCAAUUCUCUUCAAGAGAAUUGGCACUCCUGACAUGCAAAGGACCCAGGGGUCCAGGGGUAACUGUUACAGGUUCAUGGGUGCGACAAGGAACAAUAGACAGAGGACACAGGAGUCCAGGGGGAUGGUUGAUGGAGAUCAAGAACAAUAAACCUAAGCCAAAGGGGGUCAGGGGAAGUGUUCCAGAUGUGUUUCAAGUGUGGGAACACGGGAAAAGACUAUCUUAG